AAGGAAGUGGGAUCAAACACUCUUUGAAACUUUCAAGGCGAACAAACCCAAAAGUACAAGACAAGGGAUCAUCAAUAUCCAUCCGUUGCAAUUCUCAAGCUCAAAGAGAAAAGAAGAAGAAAAUCUUCUGCAAUUCUCCAACGAUUUCCAUUUUCAUGGCUGUCAUUAAACAGCCAUGGCUUGUUCUCCAUCUAAUGUUUUUCCUCUCUGUCAUCCCUUUCUCUUCUUCCCAAUCCAUUUCCCCUCAAAAUAUUGAGACUUUCUAUCCAUUUCCGAUUCCAUCUCCUGCCCCACCGCUUCCAUCUCCUGCCCCACCGCCAAAACCCUCUACUUCUCCGAACCCUACUAUAUUGAGUCCAUCAGCGUCAGGUCCUUUGCCUUCGUCUUCAUCGAACAGAAACGUUGUCAAGGCAGUAGCUGCAACUGCUGCGAGCACCUUUGUCGUUGCUACUUUGCUUUUUUUCUUGAUCCAAAGGUUCGUAAUCCUUCCUCGAAGGAAAAGUAAUGGACAUGGUACUGGUUCUAGAGGAGGUCAGGCAGUGGUGCCUCUGCCUCUGCCUCCUAGUCAAUUUUCUCGAAUCGAAGGGAAUGUUAAAGGAUUGGUUGUUGAUGAGAAUGGAUUGGAUGUGCUGUACUGGAGAAAACUUGAAGAAGAAGAUAAGAAAAACAGUUUUGUCAGAGAAGAACGCAGGAGGAAUUCUAAGUCUGAGCCUAUACAAGAAAUUCCAUUGCUUCGAGGAAAAUCUUCAACUUCUGAGAAAAAAGUUGUGCCAGAAACAACAAUUCCUACUGUCAGCCAUCAAUUUGUCAAGGCCAUUGAAAAACAAAUUUUAACAAGUCAACCAUCAAAUUCAAAUCUUCCCCUUACCCUGUCUCCAGCGCCGCCGCCGCCACUACAAUCUUCAAUGGCAAUUCCAAACAAGCAAGUUCCUGCACCGCCUCCACCUCCUACAAUCCCAGCAAAGAAAAAUCAGCCGCCGCCGCCUCCACCACCACCCAAGGCAGCAUCUUCAAAUCUUCCUCCAUUGCAAAAAGGGAACCCAAGUAAAGGUGAAUCAGGGGAGUCUUCAACUGGACAAGGCAGUACUACAGCAGCAGCUGGGAAUGGCCAGGUAAAACUGAAGCCGUUGCACUGGGAUAAGGUGAACACGAAUGCUGGCCAGUCCAUGGUGUGGGACAAAAUCGAUGGUGGCUCUUUUAGGGUUGAUGAUAAUCUUAUGGAAGCCCUCUUCGGAUUCGUAGCCACCAACAGGAAAUCCCCAAAAAGUGAGAGCAACUCGAGCAAUUCAAAUAAUCUUAUUUCCAGUUCAUCAGCACAAAUUGUUAUUCUUGAUGCCCGAAAAUCCCAGAACAUGGCAAUUGUUCUCAAGUCUCUGGCCAUCUCUCGCAGUGAGCUCCUUGAUGCAUUGACUAAUGGCCAAGGUCUAAGUGUAGAUACUCUUGAAAAGCUUAUGAGAAUUGCUCCAACCAAAGAGGAAGAAUCCCAAAUCCUUGAAUUCGGGGGAGACACUACUAGACUGGCUGAUGCUGAGUCCUUCUUCUACCAUCUUCUGAAAGCUGUUCCAACAGCAUUUAGUCGUAUUAAUGCCAUGCUUUUCAGAUCAACUUAUGAUGCAGAGAUUCUUCACUUCAAGGAAUCUUUACAAAUACUUGAAUCAGGAUGCAAGGAACUUCGAAAUCGAGGACUCUUUAUCAAACUUCUGGAAGCAAUUCUCAAGGCUGGUAAUCGCAUGAACGCUGGAACUUCUAGAGGAAAUGCGCAAGCUUUCAAACUAACUUCACUAGGAAAGCUAUCUGAUGUUAAAAGCAUGGAUGGAAAAACUACUUUACUUCACUUUGUCGUGGAAGAAGUAGUCCGAACUGAAGGAAAACGUUGCGUUCUUAAUCGAAAUCGUAGCUUGAGUCGAAACAGCAGCCAAAGAAGCAACAGCAGUGUGAUUUCUGAGGAUUCAGCGUCAAAAGGAGAGAGAGAGAAGGAAUAUAUGAUGCUGGGAUUACCUGCGGUAGGAGGGCUCAGCAUUGAAUUCUCUAAUGUUAAGAAAGCAGCCCAAAUAGAUUAUGAUACCUUUGCUGCUACUUGCUCAGCUCUCGCAACAGGUGCAAGAGAAGUUAGGGCAUUUAUGUCACAAUGUGCUGCUGCUAACGGAGAAGGGGGGUUUGUAAGGGAAAUGAAAGGUUUUCUUGAAGCAGCUGAGGAAGAACUAAAGGGUUUGACUCAAGAGCAGACGAGGGUGAUGGAUCUUGUAAAGAAAACAACAGAAUAUUACCAUGCAGGAGCUUCGAAAGAUCAAGAAGCACACGCACUUCAACUAUUUUCCAUCAUUAAAGACUUUCUAUGUAUGGUUGACCAGGUCUGUAUUGAAAUUACUCGAAAUCUGCAAAGAAGGAAAACAUCAUCAAGAAGUGUUGAAUCCUCCCCCAAGUCACCAGCAUCAAGGAUCCCAGUAAGGUUCCCAAACUUGCCCCAACACUUUAUGAAAGAAAAAUCUAUGAACUGUUCUAGCGAAUCGGAUUCAGAUUUUUGAAGGAUGUCUAUCAAUUAUCAUGGAAGGGAAUGGGCCAAUGUAUAUAGUUGUUAAAACAUUCCCGCAUUUAUAGAGGUGAAUAUUUUUGGAUUCUUUGAAUUGUUUUGCAGGAAUGUAAAUAAACUCUCUUUUUUUUUUUGUA